CCCGUCUUUCACCUUUUCAAGAGGACACCCUACUUCUGGACAAGCCUCAGUCUGCCGUCUCCCUCGAACCCAAACAAGAACCUCUCGCAUCCCAUCUCUCACGUCUCUCUUACAUCCUCAAGGCUUGACAAACGCAGGAAUACAUCGGGGUCAAUCACGUUCUCAUUCUCCAUCUCCAUCCGUCUGCCCUGCGCCUCCCGUCUGUACUCUCCUGCGCCCAACUCUUGUUGUCAAAUUCAGACUGGGGACCAAAUCCAAUUAGGCGUCCCACAUACAAGCCACCGUCUUACUGUUAAAACUAAGACCGGACCCUGGCGCGACACUGGAGCAACUGGAACCGCACCGGAGCGAGAUCAGCAACCUCGACCCGGCCAACACGGUUAAGAUUGCCAUAUAGUUCAUCGCCAUCCCAUCCCAUCCCUUCCCGCCUUCCCGCCUACCUUCAAUACCCUAUCCCCCCCGCCUUCUAGGUCCCACCGAUCGGUUUCCUUGUCAAACGGUCCCAGCGGUUAACAUCGAAACUUCAACACAACCCAAAACAAUAUCAGUCAAUUUUUCUCUCUACACCUCCGUUGCUUGAGAUUUUCGUCCUCGCCUGGCCUUAACUUCGACCUCGUACAUCAUCGCCUGAUAUUGACCAUUGCACCUUGAAAAGCGACAUCCCGACGGUUCCUUUUCGCAUCGCCGUCCACCAUGCCUAUUCGCAACCCUUUUACCCGUCGUCCGGGCCCUGCCAUCGUCUCUCCAGCUGGCGACGGGGACGUGCAAUCAGACGGCCAGAACCCGUCGCAUCCUGGUUUCGAGAAGCAGGACACAGUCGGUUCCAAGGCCUCGUCGUCGCUGAGCGUCAUGAGCUCCAAGAGCCAGGACAAUGGUGAAUACAAAAUGAGCGUCGUCAAUGACAGUGGGGUCUACCUACCGCCAUCCCCGACUGAAGAAAAGGGCCUUUGGCCGCGCAAGUACCUUGGCUCAGGUCGUAAUUCGACAGACACCCGUAAUGACUCCGGCGAGAUCGAGCAUUUCUCAAUCUCGAGAGAAUCUUUUGACUCUUACAGGCGAUCAUUUGAUAUCACAGCACGCUCCCCCAUUCCUCAAAACGACUUCCCAGCACGGCAGAGCCUUGACUCGGCCCGUUACCCGCGACUACCUCGAUCCGCGAUUGACAGAAAACGGGACCUCCCUACCGCCGACGAAGGCUUUGAGGACGUAGGCCUGGAUGAUCAGAAGCAUCAACAUCAGCAAGGCCGCAUGCGCGGUCUCUUCUCGCGCUUCGGCGACUCGGACCACAAAGAGCCGAGCGCCAACUCGCCCAACUCGAGCGUUACGCGAUUCCUGUCUGGUGCAGGAAGGAAGCGCGGCCAGAGUGGGCAAGGCUCGGAACUGGGCACCAUCGAGCGACCCAAGUCGGCAGCCUCGGUCGAGACCACUGAGGUCCGCUGAUGGUGCAUUGGGCAUAAUUCUUGUUCGAUGUACACAACCGGCCGGCAUGGUUUCCUGACGGCAUGAGAUUUGGCGUUACUGGCUGGGAUUAUGUCUCGAAGUUUGGGACGCAUUCACUACGACAUGAAUAGAAAUAGGGCAAAUUAUUCCGACGCAUGCCGGACGCAUGCCGCAUUAUGUAUAUACGGGAUGGCAGCAAGUAGUGGUGGCGGGCAAAGGUUCGGGACUGAGCGUCUCAGAAACAAGGCUCUCUAAUGAUAAUGAUAACAGUUUU